AUGUUUAAUAACAUAAUAAAAAUUGUUUCAAACAUCGGACUCUGCACGAGUUUUCUGUCCAAUAUGAUGCUCAUAAUUCUCACGGUCUGCUUCAUCAAAAAAAUUACCGGCACUUAUAAAAAGAUGGUCAUCGGAUUUUCAAUUAUGGGAUUUUCCCUCUCAUUAGCUGAAUACAUAGCCAUGCCAUUCGCUCAUAAUUACAACGAUGCUAUGAUGAUUUUUAGCAUUAACACGUCGAUCGCAUCAAAAACUCUCUGACGUAUUGCAAUAGCCAUUUGGGUUAACUUUUAUGUCUCGGUGAUCAUAUUCAUCUCUCUGCAAUUUGCAUAUCGUUACCUGUGCUUGGCACACAAACAGUGGCAGGAAAAGUUUGACAAUAUGUGGAGUAUAAUUUGGAUUUUAUAUUCAUUAACUCCUGGGACGAUGUAUGCUGUUUUGUAUUAUAGAUUUUGUGCACCGGAUGAUUAUGCAAAAUCAUAUUUGCACAAAGAAAUAUCAGACAAUUACGGAAUAUUAAUGCCAGACAUUUCUGGAUUUGUGAUGCUCAUAUACGCUGCUGAUGGAUAUAUUCGAUUGAAGGACCUGGGAUUCUUGUUUCUUGCAUCGUUUAUUAUAUUGUCUCACUAUCUAGUGAUAUUCUAUUGCGGAAUCAAGAUACACUUCAAAAUAAAAUCCGAGUUGGAAACGUUUUCUAUUCAAAACAAAAAGUUGCAAAUGCAAUUGUUCAAAGCUCUAGUUGUCCAAUGUGUGGUCCCAACAGUUUGUAUAUUUUUUCCGGCUAUUCCAAUUCUGAUGACUCCGCUUUUGUCACCGUACAUUCAAGGAAAUAUCAGCUUGCAAACCGGGUGGUUGUAUGCGUUUAUUGGAAUUUAUCCGCCGUUUGACGCAAUUUGCUUCAUGUGGAUCGUUGCGGAAUACAAAGCGGUAAUCCGAAAUAAACUCCUUUGUGGAAUUUCAAAGGUCGAAGUGUCUCAUCAUAGCACUGCAAAUGUUACCAAUUAA